UAAUAUUACAGUUCUUCUGACUGUGAGUGUGCAGACCAGAAGCUGAGUGUGAAAACGAAUCAUGUUAGAGAAAGGAGGAGUAAUUCAGAACAGAAGACGUGUAUGCUAUGUUUAGCUGGUUCCCAUCAUUCGAGAAUCUGUUUUCUCAUUGUGUGAAACUUGUUCAGCAUCGGGAUAAAGGAUAACGACUCUAUGGAUAUACAGAGUUCUUCACCAUGGUAAAACUCGCCAACCCGCUGUAUACAGAGUGGAUUUUGGAGGCAAUCAAAAAGGUAAAGAAGCAAAAACAACGUCCUUCAGAGGAGAGGAUAUGCAAUGCAGUGUCAUCUUCACACGGUUUGGACCGCAAAACUGUACUUGAACAGUUGGAGUUGAGUGUUAAAGAUGGAACUAUUUUAAAAGUCUCCAACAAGGGUCUCAAUUCCUACAAGGAUCCUGAUAAUCCUGGGAGAAUAGCACUUCCGAAGCCUCGGAACCAUGGCAAGUUGGAUGGUAAACCAAACGUGGACUGGAAUAAACUUAUCAAACGGGCAAUUGAGGGCUUGGCUGAGUCUAGUGGCUCAUCCUUGAAGAAUAUCGAGCGCUUUCUGAAAAGUCAGAAAGAUGUGUCUGCAUUAUUUGGAGGUAGCACUGCCUCCAUUUUUCACCAGCAAUUACGAUUAGCUGUCAAACGUGCUGUUGGCCAUGGUAGGCUCCUUAAAGAUGGACCUCUGUACCAACUCAACACUAAAGCAACCACUAAUGCUGAUGGGAAUGAGAGUUUUGAGUCUCUUUCCUGUCUCCCUCCAGUGUGUCUUCUUCCACAUGAAAAGGAUAAGCCGGUUGCUGAACCAAUUCCAAUCUGCAGCUUUUGCCUUGGUACAAAAGAGCAAAAUCGGGAGAAGAAACCUGAAGAGCUCAUCUCUUGUGCUGACUGUGGCAACAGUGGUCAUCCGUCCUGUUUGAAGUUCUCUCCAGAGUUGACAGUUCGAGUGAAAGCCUUGCGAUGGCAGUGCAUUGAGUGCAAAACAUGCAGUUCCUGUCGAGAUCAGGGCAAAAAUGCUGAUAACAUGUUAUUUUGUGACUCAUGUGACCGUGGCUUUCACAUGGAGUGCUGUGACCCCCCGCUUACCAGGAUGCCAAAAGGUAUGUGGAUAUGUCAAAUAUGCCGGCCACGGAAGAAAGGAAGAAAGCUCUUGCACAAGAAGGCAGCACAGAUAAAACGACGCUAUGCUAACCCAAUAGGACGUCCCAAAAACAGGUUAAAGAAUCAAAAUACAACAUCAAAAGUCGCUUUCAGCAAAGUUCGAACUGGCCCUGGUCGGGGUCGGAAGCGUAAGAUCACUCUAUCCAGCCAGUCAGCAUCAUCAGAAGGAGGAUACCUGGAGCAGGCAGAUGUCUUGGACUUCUGCAGAGAUGGCAGCACCACCUUGAAGUUUAACAAGAAAACCAAAGGGCUUAUAGAUGGCCUUACAAAAUUCUUCACUCCUUCCCCUGAUGGACGAAAAGCUCGAGGGGAAGUGGUAGACUAUUCUCAGCAGUAUAGGAUCAGGAAAAAGGGUACCAGGAAAUCUAGCACUUCAGAAUGGCCCACAGACAAUCAGGAUGGCUGGGAUGGAAAACAGGAAAAUGAGGAGCGCUUUUUUGGGAGCCAGGAUGUCUUAACUGAGAAAGACAUGGAGUUGUUUAGAGAUAUUCAGGAACAAGCACUGCAGAAAGUAGGGGUGACUGGGCCUCCUGAUCCACAGGUUCGAUGCCCUUCUGUCAUUGAAUUUGGCAAGUAUGAAAUCCAGACCUGGUACUCUUCCCCAUAUCCACAGGAAUACUCGAGGCUACCCAAGUUGUACCUUUGUGAGUUCUGUCUAAAGUAUAUGAAAAGCAGAACUAUUCUCCAACAGCAUAUGAAAAAAUGUGGCUGGUUUCAUCCUCCAGCCAAUGAAAUUUACAGAAAAAACAAUAUUUCAGUCUUUGAGGUUGAUGGAAAUGUCAGCACUAUCUACUGCCAGAAUUUGUGCUUGUUAGCCAAACUCUUCCUGGACCACAAGACACUCUAUUAUGAUGUGGAGCCAUUUCUUUUCUACGUGCUGACACAGAAUGAUGUCAAGGGCUGUCACCUUGUUGGCUACUUUUCCAAGGAGAAACACUGCCAACAGAAGUACAAUGUUUCCUGUAUAAUGAUUCUUCCACAGUACCAGCGUAAGGGCUAUGGCAGGUUCCUAAUUGACUUCAGCUAUUUGCUUUCAAAGCGUGAGGGUCAAGCAGGAUCACCAGAGAAGCCCCUGUCAGACCUGGGGCGCCUCUCAUAUAUGGCUUAUUGGAAAAGUGUAAUAUUGGAGUGCCUUUAUCAUCAACAUGACAAACAAUUGAGCAUCAAGAAAUUGAGUAAGCUGACUGGAAUCUGCCCUCAAGAUAUCACUUCCACUCUACAUCAUCUACGAAUGCUUGACUUCCGUAGUGAUCAAUUUGUGAUCAUUCGUCGGGAGAAGCUUAUCCAGGAACAUAUGGCAAAGCUUAGAACUAAUGUCCGACCAAUAGAUGUGGAUGCAGAAUGUCUGCGUUGGACACCUGUUAUAGUUUCCAACUCAGUUGUCUCUGAAGAUGAAGAAGAGGAGACAGAGGAUGGAGAAACUGAAGAGCAACAGCAGCAGAAAGAAAAAGAUUCAGAGACCAGUAUGGUAAAAUCUGUGUCAUGGGAGAAGAAAGAGCAAGAGCCUUACUCUCCUACAGAGAGUGAAAAAAAGCCGGACAUUGUUGCUCCAGCCAAUUCUGCACGGCCAAACAAGCACAUUUUUCCCCUGGAUAGUCUUCCUGCAAACAGUCAGCCAUCACGAAGAGGUCGAUGGAACCGCAAGGGCAAAAGACUUCGGGAGCCCUUUUCCUCACGAGGCCGGUGCAGUGAUUGUGAGGAGAAAUCAGCAGCCUUGCAAGGAAGAUGUGGUGAAUGUGAGGAGAAGUCUCCAGCCCCAAGAGGCCGGUAUGCUGAAGAUGAGGAAAAAUCUGCGGUUUCCCAGGGACAGUAUGGCAAAGGUGAAAAAUCUGCAAUUCCCCGUCGGCGGUACAGUGAAGGUAUGGAAAGGUGGAGAGGGCAACUGAAAAAGAACACAGAGCCACUGAAGUGCAGAUUCCCGGAGGACUGCGACAGAUUACCCCGCCGCUACAGUGAUAGUGAUAGGGCACUUCUGAGGUGUUUUAGUGAGAGUAGCGAAGAGGAUGAUGAGCCUGUGAGUCCUCGGUCAAGCUCUCCACCUGUUCUCACCAAGCCAACGUUAAAACGAAAGAAACCAAUUCUUCAUCGGAAGAGGCGAGUCCGCAAGCGUAAGCACCACAACAGCAGUGUUGUCACUGAAACAAUCUCGGAGACCACAGAAGUGCUGGAUGAACCAUUUGAGGACUCAGACUCUGAACGACCAAUGCCCCGAUUAGAGCCUACAUUCGAGAUUGAGGAGGAGGAAGAGGAGGAAGAGGACGAAGAGGAGGAGAAUGAACUUUUGCCCAGUGGAUACUUUCGGCACUUAGCCCCACCAGACACACUCAGGCAUAGACCCUCUUCUAAGAGGAAGUCCAAAGAUGACGAGGAGUCUGAUGACACUAAUGGUAACCCAACUUUGAAUCCAUUAUCUAUGCUGAGAAAAUGUGAAGCAAAGGAUUCUUCACUUGAGCCAGAUACUUCUACACCCACAAAGAAGAAGAAGGGAUGGCCAAAAGGGAAAAGCCGAAAACCAGUCCACUGGAAGAAAAGACCUGGUCGAAAACCAGGUUUUAAACUGAACCGGGAAAAGGUGCCACCAUCAGUUCAGGAUGAAGAUGAUGAUGCAGUAGCAGCGAAUUCAAAACCGGGGCGUAAGCCCAAAAUUUCAGACACAGAAGAAAGCAUUGAGCAGAAAGAAGAGCUGCCCCUUACUGAGGAAAGGAAAGAGGAAGAUGCGAAUAUGGAAGCAGAAGAGGUAGGAGAGGGAGAAGAGGAAGAUACAGGCAGCAGUGAAGUAAGAGCAGUGUCUCCUGUGGACAGCAACAGCAGUCCAGUGCCAGAAGUAAAAGAGCCUGAGAUAGAAGAGGAGGUAGAGGAGAAGCCACGGGUUUUAGAAGAGCAAAGGCAAUCAGAAGAAGAACAGCAAGAACUAGAUGAACCUGAGCAUGACCAUGAGGAAGAAGAGGAAGUUGCAGUAGUGACAAAUCAAAAUGAAGAUCAUGAUGCUGAUGACGAAGACGAUGGUCAUCUGGAGUCUGUGAAGAAAAAAGAAUUGGAGGAACAGCCUGUUAGAGAAGGGGUAAAGGAGGAGCCUCAGGUGCAGGAAUGUUUUUUAGAAACAAGCAUACCAAGCAGUAGAGAAGAUGCAAAAGAAAAGGAUGAAGCAGAGGCAGAUUCUGAGGAAGAGCAGGCUUCCAAUGAGACAUCGAUGGGCUCAGAGCAUGUCCCAGGGUCUGAAGAUGAUCACGAGGAAGAGCAAAGUAAUAAAGAAGGGUUAAUUGAAUUAAAGGAAGAGGAAGAGAUUCCUCAUAGUGAACUGGAUCUUGAAACUGUUCAAGCAGUCCAGUCCUUGACACAAGAGGAAAGCAAUGAGCAUGAUGUAGCUUACCAGGACUGUGAAGAAACACUUGCAGCUUGCCAGACUUUGCAGAGUUACACCCAGACUGAGGAGGAUCCUCCGAUAUCAAUGGUUGAAGAUUGCCAGGCCUCAGAACACAACAGUCCAAUAUCCUCUGUUCAGUCCCACCCCAGCCAGUCUGUGCGUUCUGUCAGCAGCCCAAAUGUGCCUGCUCUGGAGAGCAGUUACACCCAGAUAAGUCCUGAACAAGGAUCCCUGUCCGCACCCUCUAUGCAGAACAUGGAGACCAGCCCCAUGAUGGAUGUGCCUUCAGUAUCGGACCACUCUCAGCAGGUGGUGGAUAGUGGCUUCAGUGACCUUGGCAGCAUUGAGAGCACUACAGAGAAUUACGAAAACCCCAGCAGCUAUGACUCCACUAUGGGAGGCAGCAUUUGUGGAAAUAACUCUUCCCAGAGCAGCUGUUCAUACGGAGGACUGUCCUCCUCCAGCAGCCUCACUCAGAACAGUUGUGUUGUCACUCAGCAAAUGGCAAACAUUGGCAGCAGUUGCAGCAUGAUGCAGCAAAACACUGUCCAGCCUGCAGCAAACUGCAACAUCAAGUCACCUCAGAGCUGUGUAGUGGAAAGGCCUCCAAGUAACCAGCAACCGACAACACAGCCACAACAGCAACAGCCUCAGGCACAGCAGCCGCAGCCCCCACCUCCACCCCAGCAGCAACCUCCACUGUCUCAGUGUAGCAUGAACAACAGCUUCACCCCAGCACCCAUGAUCAUGGAAAUACCGGAAUCAGGAAGCACUGGUAACAUAAGUAUCUAUGAGAGGAUUCCAGGGGAUUUUGGUGCUGGAAGCUAUUCACAACCAUCAGCCACAUUCAGUUUAGCCAAGUUGCAGCAGCUGACAAACACCAUUAUGGACCCUCAUGCCAUGCCUUAUAGCCAUUCUCCUGCUGUGACUUCCUAUGCAACCAGCGUUUCUCUGUCCAACACAGGACUGGCUCAGCUAGCUCCCUCUCAUCCGUUGGCAGGCACACCACAAGCACAAGCCACUAUGACACCCCCACCAAACCUGGCGUCCACCACCAUGAACCUCACGUCACCUCUGCUCCAGUGUAACAUGUCUGCGACCAAUAUCGGUAUUCCACACACGCAGAGGUUGCAGGGGCAGAUGCCGGUCAAGGGGCACAUUUCCAUCCGCUCUAAAUCAGCACCACUGCCCUCUGCGACUGCCCACCAGCAGCAGCUCUACGGCCGCAGCCCACCCGCAGUUGCCAUGCAGGCUGGCCCCCGUACAUUAGCUGUUCAGCGGGGUAUGAACAUGGGAGUCAACCUAAUGCCGACCACCCCUUACAACGUUAAUUCCAUGAAUAUGAACACCCUGAACGCCAUGAACAGCUACAGAAUGACACAGCCUAUGAUGAACAGCAGUUACCAUAGCAACCCUGCCUACAUGAACCAGACAGCACAGUAUCCUAUGCAGAUGCAGAUGGGAAUGAUGGGGAGCCAGGCCUAUACCCAGCAGCCUAUGCAGCCAAAUCCUCAUGGAAACAUGAUGUACACUGGCCCCUCCCAUCACAGCUACAUGAACGCUGCUGGGGUGCCCAAGCAGUCUCUCAAUGGACCAUACAUGAGAAGAUGAGCAAGAUGAACUUGCAUCCUAAAAACUGAAAUAUAUAUAUAAAUAAAGGAACCUUUUAUACUGACGAACCAGAGAAAAUGGACCUUUUUCCAGUUAAAAUAUUGCUGUAGAUUUAGAGGGAUUUUCUUUGGUUUAUUUUAUUUUUUAGGAAGCCUGGUCUUUAUUUUUGGGAAUUUUUUUGUUUUGCGUUUUUCUUCUCUUCACAAUCCUGAAACAUUUUGCAGCUAAAGUCAUUUACAGAUGUUUUUAGAGGGGAAAAAACAUGCACAAAAAUCUUUUCAUAAUUUAAAAAGAGCCUUACUUUGCUGACAAUGUGGACAGAAUAUGUGUAACAGUGAAAUCACCUUUCUAAAUUUUUUUUUAUGUAUGUCCUCCUCCCUUCCCUGUGCCCCUCUGUAUGCAGUUUCUAGUGCUGCAGUCAUGUAAAGUGUUUGACAUCUGAAAGAAUAACAACCCUUCCCUCUAAACCCCACCUCACAUUUCCUACUUCUAGCAGGAGGCACUUAUUGGAAGGGGACACAGAGGAUAAUGAACCUCUUUAUUUCUGCAAGUCAGGAAAAAAUUUUCAUCUUUAAUUUUCCCUGACUCCCUUGCCCUCAGUAAAUUUGGAGUUGUGUAAACAAUAAACUAUUCACAUUGGUGUUUUUGUAGACGAGUUAAUUGAAAUUGUAUGUCUCAUGC